UAUAAAAAUGGCUGCGCCCAUGUAACCUAACGUAAACAACGUGGCUUGAACGGUGUGCUUCACGCUUUUAAAAGAAUCAUCAAGAACUGUGCCGCCUUGUGAUUUCAGAGAGAACGGAUAACAAUUGUCAGUUAAAAAAACCCACAAUGGGGAAAAUGAAAAAGAAUCGACAGAAGUACCAUGCAGCAGCCAAAAAGAAAGAAGACAGCAAGGUCGAAAUAGUGGAUAUGCACGAUAUGGAAACUGACACGAAAUUUCCACCAACACUCCUAUCACCUGCAGAGAAGGAUGGCAGCCUGUUUAAAGGAUUGAAGAUAAAUAAAGAAACUCUAAAACAAGAGCUGCCUGACUUUGACACCCGCAGUACAAUAACCAGCAAGUCUCUUAGAGGCCUCAACAUGAAGAAGAAAGACAAGAGGAAACUGAAACAUGAUCUGUGGAUGAAAAAGCUAAAUUCCAUUGAUACAGCCAAAAAAGAAGCUAAGGCAAAGAAGAAAAGACAGCAAACACCAGUUGUUGGUGACAUUGGUAUCCUUGGCGAUGCCUUGCCGACCCUUGACCUUCUGUUGAAGGGGUCUACUGGGCCAAAAUCAAGUGACAAUAAAGAAACGACUAAGAAAUGUAUCCCAAAAGAAAAGCAACGGAAGAAACAAAUGAUGAAUGACAUUUCUCUGUUUAAACAAGUGUUAGCUCAUCCCUCUUUCAUCGAAAACCCCACAGACACUAUUAAAGAACAUUUGCAAAACAAACUACUACAGGAACAGGAAAUGGAUACGUAAUGCUUCAGUGCUGUUUUUGUGAUUUUUAUAGCAAUAUGUUGUACAAUUUUAUAUGUAAAUGAAUCAAUCUACCUGUGGUUGGGCUAACAAUUGGUAUAGGACUUUAAUAAUACCAAGGCAUUACUUUGAUCUUUUAAUUCAGUAAAAUUUGUUAUCAAAUUAAAUUCA